UUUUCGGAAAAUUCAAGCAGGAAGUUUGCAAGCUUUAAUAAUUCCAUGUGGGUGUCUGGAAUGAUGUACUAUGCACACCAGCAAGGUUAUUCCAGUAGAACCAGCUAAAACAGCUUGGCGUCUGAAGACCUCUGCGACAGCAAAAGUUUCCAGUGUGUACCAACAGUACAUUCUAAUAAAUACUUUUAUCCGGGUUCAAUAUUAAUAUGACUUAAUAUGACUCUAAAUUAAUCUGAAUUCAAUAAUGUAGUAAUUAUAAUGACUAAAAACAAAAACAAUAUCGGUUGACUGCUAAGUCCAAACUUGAUCAACCGGAUCUUUGAAACCUUUUUGACAAUUAGCGUGCAUGACUUAAUGAGGUACUAAAUAGGUGGCUCGGGAUGUUUCAAAUUCAAUAAAUACUGUAUGACGAUGAAUGGAUGUAUUCUUGUAUAUCCUGUAUCUCCUCGUCCACUUUUGUGGUUUUAUCGUGUUCUCAUAACAAGGCAGGUUUUGGCCAAAUGAUAUCAGGUAUGCUACCAUUCAGCUGUCAAAGCAGCCAAAAUGGAAUGUUAGGGUUAUUCUGUACGUGUGGGACUGCUUGUUUGAGUGACACGAGGGGAGGGAAUUCCAGAUUCAUAAGGGACACUAUUGCUUCACCUUGCUCACACAAGUCGACAACUUGACUUCGCGCAAGUCACAGGUGAUGUUUGAUGACCAUUCCAGAGCUGACCAACUCCAACCACCGCCAUGUUUUCGUACCUGCUCCUCAGCAUGCUCUGUGCAACUUCACUGACACAACCUGUCCAGGACUAUUACUCUUUUUCGCCAACGGUUGGAAGUGGUAGUGGAACUUCUUUCAUGACAGAAGGAGUCGGUAAAAUCACGGCAGUUCGCGUCUGGGAGCAAAGUGGCAGUUACAUCACCGGAAUUCAGUUUCGCUAUGACCAUAUUUGGACUAAUUUAGUUGGCCGAAUUGUUGGCCAGCCCCAGGAAAUGAUGCUGCACGGUGGAGAAAAAAUUGUACAGGUAUCUGGGAAGUACUACACCUCCAACUACAUCUAUCAGCUGAUAUUCGUGACCAGCACAGGACGCUCGUUGAUUAGUGGCCAGCCAUCACAGACCUCUUUUAACUUUUACCCCAUUUACCCGGAGGCUGAGCUCCGACUCGUGAGCGGCCGUAGCAACGGGUUUGGCAUCACAGCGCUGGGAGCUCACUGGGGAUUGUUAAGUCUCAGCGACGCCAACGUGAACAAAAGCAUGCCGGCUUGAUCAUCAAGUCAUGAUGGAUGAGAUGUGGACCUAUUCAACGUGGAUAUAAUAUUACAAUCCUGUGUUUACUGUUCAAUGAAUGAGUAAUUAUGAAAUUUUGAUUGAAAUUGUAAACUGUAAAUUCCAACUUUAAUUUUGAACCCUGCGGUUCAUACAGUCGUGCAGCUAAUUUCUGGCUAAAUUCUAAUCUUGUGACUAAUCUUCUUUUCUUCAGAACUACAUUUAAUUAUUUAAAUAUUGUAGCGCUUUCUUUGGCGCAAGCUAUCAGUGCACUCACAAUGAGUUUGUCAACCCACGGUGUGUACAUGCAUAUGUAUACAUACGUAUGUAAACACUGACUCAAGAUGUCGUCUUAAAAACAACACUAAAUUCAUCGCACAGCAGCUUAACAGGGAUUAUACCACUUUAAAUUGGGGGGAAAACAACUCUUUGUUGCGACUCAGUUUUCCCAUAAUGUAUUGCGGCUGAGCAAGGCGUUCAUUGGGGUGCUGAAAUGACGUCAGCUCCCCACUCUGGUGGACUCCUCUCCGGCUCAAGAUGCCAUCUUAAAAACAACACUAAAUUCAUCGCACAGCAGCUUAACAAGGUUUAUACCACUUUAAAUUGGGGGGGAACAACUUUUUGUUGCAACUCAGUUUUCCCAUAAUGUAUUGCGGCUGAGCAAGGCGUUCAUUGGGGAGCUGAAAUGACGUCAGCUCCCCACCCUGGUGGACUCCUCUCCGGCUCAAGAUGCCAUCUUAAAAACAACACUAAAUUCAUCGCACAGCAGCUUAACAAGGUUUAUACCACAUUAAAUUGGGGGGAAAACAACUCUUUGUUGCAACUCAGUUUUCCCAUAAUGUAUUGCGGCUGAGCAAGGCGUUCAUUGGGGUGCUGAAAUGACGUCAGCUCCCCACUCUGGUGGACUCCUGUCUGGCUCAAGAUGCCAUCUUAAAAACAACACUAAAUUCAUCGCACAGCAGCUUAACAAGGUUUAUACCACUUUAAAUUGAGGGGAAAACAACUCUUUGUUGCAACUCAGUUUUCCCAUAAUGUAUUACGGCUGAGCAAGGCGUUCAUUGGGGUGCUGAAAUGACGUCAGCACCCCACCCUGGUGGACUCCUCUCUGGCUCCCUCUGGUGGACAGAGACAUAACUACAUUUUCUUUGCUGCUUGUCCUCCAAUGAAUGUGUUGCUCAAAUGCAAUAUAUUAUAGGAAAACAUUUAUUUGUAUUUAAUGUUUGUAUAUUUCUCAGGUUAAAUUGCUGUGUCCACAACAAAGAUGAUUUAUUUCAACAAUUAAGGGUGAAUAAACUGCAUCUUUGAGCAA